AUGGAUAAUUCUGAGCUAUAUGAUAUACAAUAUAUAUUCGGCUCUCAAAUACUGAAUAACAAAAUGCAAUACUGUGUCAAAUGGAAAAAUUAUCCCAAAUCACAAAGAACCUGGGAGCCAAUUGAGAAUCUUGGAGUACACAACAUAUCCUCUGUUCGUAGAUACUAGCGACAUGCAGAUUAUUUUCUAUUUUAUUAGUUUAUAAAUGAGGGUUAAGUAGAAGGAUAUAGAGUACAUUAAAAAUAAAAUACACUUGAAAAAAUUAAAGUCAUACCAGAUCCUUAAGAAGAAGAAGAACAAAUAGACUAAGCUAAUACAGACAAACUUAACACUACACUCAAGGAUACAAUAAAUAAAGAGAAUAUCAAAUCAAUCUCUACACCUAAGGAAAUUACAAAAAGGACAAAUCGAUCUAGUAGAAAAUAAAUUUAACCAAAACAAGAAUACGAAUCUCAUUCAGAUUCUAAAGAUUCUGAUUUUGGUAAAAGAAGCAAAAAAUCUAGAUCUAAAGCCAAAUCUUCAUAAUCAAGAAAGAAAUCUCCAACAUCAACAGGAGAAAAAUCUAAUCAAACUUAACCUAAGAAAUCUUAGUUUGUAAAGAAUGAAUAAGUAGAAACUGAUGAAAUUAAUCCUGUUUAACAAAAAUCUUAAGAAAUAUAAUAACUUCAAAAUUAGGAAAAACAAAAUGAAGACAAUUUAAGUGAAAAAUCUUAAUCUCCUAAAGAAUAAUAAAAAGUAUAGACAAGAUUGAGAAAUUUAAGGAAUUAAAAAUCAAUUGAAUAGAUUAAAUCUCCUGCUUAUUUCAAUUAAGUUAGAAGACUUAUUCAAUCUUUAAAUGAAGAUGAGAGAUCACUUGUUGUAUCUAAUAUCAAUGAUAAAAUGAAAGAUAAUAUCUUUGAACAUUUGGGAGCUUUAUUUAUAUUAGAUUAUAUGUAAAGAAGGGAUGAAGUAUUUUAGGAAAUAAAAUAACAAGAAUAUAUAUAUCCUUUAAAAGGAGAACGUGGUGUUUAAUUGAAUAAAUAAAAUAAGAGAAAUAAGAAAUUAGAAAAAUCAUCUAUCAAAAUGGAAUCUUAAAGAUCAACUGAUAUUGCUUGUCCUCCUAUAUCUAAAAGACUAAUUAAAAUAUCAGCUUUUGAAUAAAAAAAGAAAUUGAUGAAAAAAAAAGAGGAUCCUUGCAAUAUGUAAGAUUUCUUGGCUUCCAUUAAACAAUUUCCAUAAUUUGGUGUUGUUUCAACAGAAAUUGACUUUAAAGAUUAAUAUGGAUAAAUUGGAUUUUAAAUGGGUGAAGAAAUAACUGGACAUUAUUAUGGUGUUAAUGCUAAUGAAGUUGGUAAGGCUAAUAUUUAAUUGUAUUUUAUAAUGAAAUUCAGAAGAGAAGGAGAUAAAACAUUUUUAUAUAAUCAUGUCACAAAAGCUGAAUGCUAACUUUAUGAAAGAGAUUUACUCUAUGAUUAUGUCUAUAAAAAUUAAGAUUUACUACCAGAGAUGUAUAAUGAACUUAUUGUUAGAAGUGUUUAUAAUUAAUAGUGA